CUUCCACGUCCCUGUCGUAUUUGUUUCCUUCCCAUCGCCUAGUCGCUCUCUUUCUCUCUUCUUAAACUGCCUGCUCCCCCCCCUAUCCCCACACUCUCUUUCCGUUUGACCGUUCCCCCUUCCUCACACCAACCGGCUUGCUUGUCUGUGCCUUCUUCAGUCAACACACACUCCUUGACCAACGGUCGCCAGCUCCGACCUUGUGUACCAGCAGUUCGUUGUUCUCUCAAACUCACAACAACAACAACCGCACCACUUUCUUUAUUCGAGUCUUUGAUAGACCGAAGAACCAACAAGCAACUGAACCACUCCCUCUUUCUGUGUAUAUUCACAACGAACGAUACAUAUCCACCCUCAUUCCAAAACCGGAACUCGGUCUCCCCGAAGCACCUGGACAAAGAGAAGAAUCAACAGCUUCCUUCCCAAACCAAAGGUACACCUUCCUCGAUACCCGUCGACAACCGCAAACAUGUACGCCAAGAAAGCACUCUCGGUUGUAGCCUCGCUCGCUCUUGCCGAGCAGGCUCUGGGCUUCAACGCUCACCGUCACCUGCACGCCGACAAGCGCGCUCUCCAGGUCGAAAUGGUCACCCACUGGGUCACCGUCACUGUCACCGAUGGCGAACCCGUCCCGACCAGCUCCGCUUCUUCCACUCCCACUCCUUCCGCUGCCCAGCUUGAGGUUCCCAAGGCCCUGAACACCACCUCGACCACCGUCCCGGUCGUCGCCCCGGCCGUCCCCCCGACCACCGCCCCGACGACCACUUCCACCUCCAUCAUCGUGGUCCCCACCCCGACACCUCCCCCGGUUGUCGCUGCCCCUAGCACCACUCUCGUUGCUGUGCCCAAGCCCUCCUCCUCUUCCAAGGCUCCCGUCGUCGAGCAGGCUGCCAUCGUUAUCCCCGCUGCCUCCUCGUCCGCACCCCCUGCCAAGGCUUCUGCUGCUAGCGUCAGCUCCCCUCCCACUGGUGGCAAGCGCGGUCUCGCUUACAACGAUCCCACCAAGGUCAACGCCUUCAUGACCGGCGCUUGCAAAGAGUGCGCGUGGGCCUACAACUGGGACUCACAGGACAACGGCCUCUCUGCUUCCGGCGUCGAGUACGUUCCCAUGCUCUGGGGUCCCAUUGACAUCCACACCGCCCGCUGGACCCAGAACGCCGAUGCCGCCAUCGCCAAGGGCUCCACUCACAUCUUGAGCUUCAACGAGUGUGACAACACCGCUCAGUGCAACCUGGACCCCGGCUCCGCUGCCGCUGCUCACGUCAAGUACCUCAACAGCUACGCUGGCGAGGUCAAGAUCGGUUCCCCUGCCAUCACCAACAGCAACAUCCCCGGCGAGGGUCUCGACUGGCUCAAGUCUUGGGUUUCCGCUUGCGACACCGCCGGCUGCGCUUACGACUUCUGCGUCACCCACUGGUACUCCCCGUCCGACGCCGCCUCCACCCUCUUUGACCACCUCCAGUCGGUCCACGAGAUCUGCAACGGCAAGCCUGUCUGGCUCACCGAGUUCGCUCCCUUCGGCAGCAGCGACCAGAUCUCCAGCUUUGUCCAGACCAACCUUCCCAAGCUGGACAGCCUCUCGUACCUCCAACGCUACUCCUACUUCAUGGCCAGCGAUGGCGUCCUCAACUCCGGCUCUGGCCUCAGCGCUCUUGGUCAGACCUACGCCGCUGCCUAAGUCUUUUGAAUCUGUGGCCAAUGAAUUUUUCGAUUAUGGGACACGUCCAGUUACGAAGGGCUGGCGCCAGGGUUUUGGGUUUUCUUCUUCUUCAAGCCACCCGGGUUUGUGGUGGACAGCCUUGUCUGGGAGUGGGAAACCACGUUCCUCACUUUUGUCUUCUUCUUCUAGUGUACAUAAGAUACCUUUUUUUCUCUUCGGGACAUUCGUUUUCGCAUUCGGGGGUGAUCACUCGCUGAACGACUCUCCCAGAUGGAUGGAUUUUUUUCGAGUCGGGUUUGGCUCACAGGAUACCCGACACAAACAAUGGUGUUUGUGGAUUUUUAUAUUUUUUUUCUUGCCCUCUUAGAAAAGGGGUAAUGGGCUUAGGGACGAUCCCAAUGAGAUUCAAAAGGAUAGACUCACGAGCUACGAACACAUACAAUGCAAAAUUAGGCUGUAUUAUCCCCGUCGUCA